GCGUUAAAGAGUUGACUGAUCCUCCACCGGUAGAGACUAGAGAGUAGAGAGAGAGAGAGAGAGAGAUCGUUCUCUGCGAAAACUGCAUUAACCCUAACUCGUCAAUGGCAGAUUCGAGCUCCAAGACGAAGUACACCCCCCCAAAUCAAAGGACGCCUACUGGGAAUCGCCGCAACUCGGGAGAUCGAACAAGUAGCCAAGGAAACAAAGAUGGUGAGGGAAAUCAGCCUCCUGCUACUGGUCUUCAGAUGGGAAACAAACCUCAGAGGAUAAUACCACUAAAGGACUGCUCUAGGAGUGAAGCUCAUCAGCUUUUGAGCAAACGAUGGGAAGCUGCAAUGCAUGAGUACAACGACCAAACUGUGGAUCUAUCUGAGCGACCAGUCAUGUACUAUGGAGGAAGUGUCUGGGGUAAACUACCUCACCAGAUCCUGGCUGCAGCAAACAAGACAUUGCCUCCUCAAACGAUAUCGCCAGAGGAUUACAUGACUGAAGUGCGCCGUGGAUUGCUGAUGCCAAAAUCUUCAAGUGCUAAUAAUUGAAUAGUCCUGGUUCUGCUGACUGACCCCAUAUAGACUAGUGAAAUGGUGUAGAGUGUUUGUUGAGAUGGCACAAGCGAUGAUGUGUCAAUGACUUUUAUUUCGGUGUGUGUAGGAUAACGAAUAUUGGUGUUUUUCUCGAUCGGUCUUAUUCUCUGGUCCCUGAAAGUGUAAAAAACCCAAACCAGAGAUUUGCCUAACAAUCACGGUUACCAUCUCACAUGGCUCCAUUCAGAGUUUCAUGUUGUUGAAAGAUGCGAAACGUCCUUUUUUAUUCGAGGGAUUUGGUAAA